AUGUCUCUAGAAAAUUCGGUAAGCGUCACCGACAAUGGCAAUUCAAACAGGGUGACAUUUCUGAAGCGCAAGGCAACUUCAAUGUUUAAUAGAGUGGAGCGGUUAAUGGAAUCUCUUUCAAGUUCGGCUUUGAAUUCUUUUGACGAUUCUGGCCUUCAUGUGAGGUUGGAACUUAUCGAGGAACUUCAAACGGCAUUUAAAAGGGUUCUCAACGAGCUCGAAGAGUUGGAUUUUGAGGAAAUUGGAAGUGAAUUGGAGGAGAAAUUUGAUGAUGUCAUCGUAGUUCUGAAGUCGACGGUUCGAUCGGAGAUCACGAAGCGCUCCUCGCAAUUACAACAUUCAACUUUUGCUGAUGCUAGAUCCUGCGAGCCAGGCCAAAUGGGAAGAGCGGUUAGAGGAUCCAGCAUUCGUCAAUGUAAUUCCGACGUGGGAAUCCAUGGCAUCGUUUUUGGAGCAGCGAUGCAGGACAUUGGAGACUAUGGAUUUCGCCAUGGCAAGCUACGCGUCUGGCAAUCAGAUCAGCUUCAAAUAAAGAAGAUAAAGACUUCGGCUUCUGUGACUGGAAUAGGUGAUUCCAGCUUUGUUACCAAUGGUCACUCAGUCAAUAUUACGAUGCAGUCCCGAACCUCUGAAUACACGGUGAACAUAACCGCAGUUAUUGCUCCCAAUAUAACUGAGCGACAGCCUAGUUUCAAUGUGGACAUCGGCAGCUGGAAAAUACCGCAAAACAUACAAUUAGCUGAUCCUACAUUUUAUGUCCCUCAGCGUCUCCCACCUGGAUUACCGCUUAUACAAAAAACUCGCCUGGGAUGGGUUGUUUCCGGAGGAUAUGGCGUCUCCAAUGGCUCAUCGUUAAUCUCGACCAUUCCUUUACCUAUCGUUAGUAGGGAUAAUAGCUUAGAUCGACUUGAUGAUCUUCUUCGUCGAUUUUGGGAGGUGGAAAGCUGCGUGGAGCCAAUUGCGCAUUCUACUAAGGAAGAACAGGACUGUGAGGCGCACUUUAAAAAGCACUUCAUUCGUUCCCCUGCUGGAGACUAUUCGGUUCGUUUGCCUGCCAAGCUCAACCUGGAAUUAUUGGGUGAGUCCUACCAGCAAGCUUAUCGUAGAUUCCUGUCCCUAGAGAGGAAGCUAGAUCGUCGGCCAGCCUUGAAGGCCCAAUAUGCGGCUUUUAUAAAGGAAUACUUUGACUUGGGGCACAUGUCAACAGUUGCUGGCGCAGACCUCGCUUCUUGUCGCUUCUUUUUGCCUCAUCAUUGCGUCACAAAGGAGGAUAGUUCCACUACAAAGCUUCGCGUCGUUUUUGACGGAUCUGCCGCUACUUCAUCAGGCUACUCUCUCAAUGAUUUGCUCAUGGCAGGCCCCGUAAUUCAACAUACCCUGUUCCAGAUUUUAAUUCGAUUUCGCUCAUACCCGGUAGCCAUCACUGGAGACAUUUGUAAGAUGUACCGUUGUGUCAAGGUACAUCCAGAGGACAGCUAUUUGCAAUGCAUUUUAUGGAGGACUUCCCCACAGGACAAGCUGCAAGUAUUCAAGCUGGACACCGUCACUUAUGGCACGAAGCCUGCAUCAUUUCUGGCUGUGCGGGCUAUGCAUCAGCUGUCAACAGACGAGCAUUCUUCGUUUCCGCUUGGGGCUGAGGUCAUUCAGCGCGACUUUUACGUAGAUGAUCUGAUAUCUGGAGCCCAGACCGUGGACGAGGCUAUCAUCAUUGUAGAUCAGACCUCUAAAAUUCUGUCCAGAGGAGGCUUUAAACUUAGAAAGUGGUGCUCAAACGUGCCAGCGGCUUUGUGUGGAGUGUCUGACGAAGAUAAGGAGUCAUAUUUGAAGUUUGAUGACGGCACUGACUUUACCAAAACUCUGGGUUUAGCCUGGGAUCCUGCCUCUGAUCAGCUAUUGUUCUCGUUUUCUGUCUUGCAGUUGACCUCAAAUCCCUGUAGGCGUUCUGUCUUGUCUGCCAUUGCACGAUUUUAUGAUCCUCUUGGAUUGGUUGGUCCGGUGAUAGCAAAAGCGAAAAUUUUCCUUCAGCAAUUGUGCAAGGAAAGGUUAUCCUGGGAUGAAAGCCUUCCUGAAGCUCAGAAUACGGAAUGGAAUUCGAUAUGCAGGAGUUUUGUGCAAAUCAAGCGUUUGUGUUUCCCUCGGCUAGUUCUGUCUCCUAACUCUGAGAUUCAGGUCCAUGGAUUUUGUGAUGCCAGCAUGGAAGCAUACGGCGCCUGUGUCUACAUCGUGUGCAGUGGACAGUCGCAGUUGCUUUGUUCAAAGUCAAGGGUCGCUCCCUUGAAGACACUCACCGUGCCCAAGCUGGAGCUUUGUGGAGCCGAUCUCUUGUCUAAACUCAUCUCGGAAGUAGCUGGCACCAACGUAUUUAAGGGACAGUAUUAUUGUUGGAGUGACUCUGCGGUUGCGCUGUCCUGGAUCCGAGACGAGCCCUCUAGAUUCAACAUGUUUGUGGCAAACCGAGUUGCUGCCAUUCAAGAGCGAACCGAUUCGAUGGAGUGGCGUUACGUUCCAACUUCUUUGAAUCCGGCUGACAUUCUUUCCCGAGGUGUCCUUCCCACUGAGCUGAGCGAGUCCCCUAUAUGGUUUAACGGGCCGACAUUUCUUUGCAGACCCAAGAUUGACUGGCCUUCCCCAAUCCUUGCUGAGAAGUCAACACUUGAGCUUCGUCGAAAGGUCCUGCUAAUUAAAUCGCCAUACGUAGACAUCAUAGCCUGUUCCAAAUUUGCAAAUUCCUUCGCGUCGCUUCAAAGGAUUUUCGGAUACGUCUUCAAAUUUAUCAAUCGCAUUCGGCAGCCGGAUCUUAAGGUUUCGGAUAUCCAAAGCGGUACUCAGUUGUUGCUUCGUCUGGUUCAGCGUUCUCAUUUAUGGGAGGACAUUAAAUCCUUGCAGUCUAAAGGAGUAGUAGCCCAAUCUAGUUCGCUUGCAUCUCUAUCUCCUUUUAUUGAUCAGUUUGGGCUUCUUAGAGUGGAUGGCCGACUAAGGAACUCGUCGCUGGAUUUUAAUGCCCGUCAUCCCAUCAUAUUGCCACGGAGCCAUCCUGUCACUGCCGCCAUCGUUACUCAUUUUCAUGAGCGCAAUCUGCACACUGGACCUCGAGCCUUACUCUGCAUAGUUCGAUCCCAGUAUUGGCCUAUUGGGGGGAGGAAGACAGUGAGCAAGGUUUUGAACAAAUGCGUCAGAUGCUUCCGAACGAAGCCUCGAUUAGUGGAGCAUGUAAUGGCGGAUCUCCCAAAGGAGCGAUUGGAUGGUUCUCAUGCAUUUGAAGUCACUGGCAUUGACUUUUGUGGACCAUUCUUUUACAAGCCGGAAGUGCGAAACAAGGCCCCAGUAAAAUGCUACGUUUGCGUCUUUAUCUGCUUCGCAACAAAGGCCAUUCACUUGGAGUUGAUCAGGGAUCUCUCAACGGUAUCAUUUCUGCAUGGCCUCAAGAGAUUUAUAUGCACCAGGAGAAAACCGCGGCAGAUUUGGUCGGACAAUGCAACGAACUUUGUGGGUGCACGCAAUGAGCUGAUUGAGUUGAGACGCCUGUUCCUCAGCGACGAGCAUCAGAAAGCGACGUUGGAUUUUUGCCUAGCGGAGCUCAUUGAUUGGCGUUUUAUUCCUCCCAGAUCGCCACAUUUUGGUGGUCUCUGGGAAGCUGCGGUGAAGACGGCGAAGCACCAUUUCUACCGCGCUAUUGGGCCUUCAGUGUUGGCCUUCGACGAGCUGCGGACUCUUCUGUGCCAUAUCUCGGCAGUAGUUAACUCCCGGCCUUUAGUCUCAAUUUCAGAAAAUCCCGCUGACCUGGAUGUGCUAACGCCAGCCCACUUUCUGAAUGGUGGCCCACCAUCCUCAUUCAUCGAGCCGGAUGUGACCGCCCUUAACUUCAAUCGUAUCAUCCACUAUGAGCUGCUCCCCUAUGGCCCAACGCCUAAUUCGGACUUGUACUGCCAACAACUGGACCGUUUGAAUGCAGCACUCAUGCAGAAGAGGCCAUCUUUGAUCAACAGAGGGCGAAUUGUCUUCCAUCGGGACAACCCCAGGCCACACACAUCUUUGGUGACGCGUCAGAAGCUCCGGGAGCUCGGAUGGGAGGCUCUUUUGCAUCUCGGAUCUCGCACCAAGUGA